AGUAAAAUAAAGGGAAGAAAGAGUGUGUCCAAAUUUAAAUGUAAAACAACCCCGCUAAUUUAGCUGAUCAAAAGCAUAUACCAAAAAGAGAAAUCAAGAGAAUAUCACACGCAAAAAAACAGAAAACAGAAAGGCAGAAAGGCAGAAAGGCCGUGACGAGAAAGAAAGGAGAAAUGGGAUUUGAAGGGGAAAAGAGAGAAGAGGAAGAAGGAGUAAGAAUGGCUAAUGAUUUUUUUUGGUCAUAUACAGAUGAACCUCAUGCUUCACGAAGAAGACAGAUCCUCUCUCAGUACCCUCAAAUCAAACAUCUCUUCGGCCCUGACCCUUUUGCCUUUCUCAAGAUAUUAGGAGUUGUUUUGCUUCAGCUUUGGACUGCUACCUUCCUCCAUGAUGCAACAUGGCUGAAGAUAUUGAUAGUCGCGUACUUUUUUGGCUCUUUUCUGAACCACAAUCUCUUCCUGGCCAUUCAUGAACUCAGUCACAACCUCGCUUUCUCUACUCCGGUCUACAACCGUUGGCUUGGAAUUUUUGCCAACCUUCCCGUUGGUGUGCCCAUGUCUGUUACCUUCCAAAAGUAUCACCUCGAGCACCAUCGCUUCCAAGGAGUUGAUGGAAUUGAUAUGGACAUCCCGAGCCUUGCUGAAGCACAUGUCGUCAAAAAUGUUCUUGCAAAAUCUAUAUGGGUCAUUCUCCAACUUUUCUUUUAUGCUUUCAGGCCUCUUUUUCUCAAACCUAAACCACCUGGUGUGUGGGAGUUCGUUAAUUUUACCAUCCAGAUAUCCCUCGAUGGAGCUAUGGUUUACUUCUGGGGCUGGAAAUCGCUAGGUUAUCUAAUCCUAUCCACGUUCGUUGGGGGCGGGAUGCACCCAAUGGCUGGUCACUUCAUCUCCGAGCAUUAUGUCUUUAAGCCCGAGCAGGAGACAUACUCCUACUACGGUCCCCUUAACCUUAUGACUUGGAGUGUAGGAUACCACAACGAGCACCAUGACUUUCCAAGAAUUCCAGGAAGCAAGCUCUACAAGGUGAAGGAGAUUGCACCAGAAUACUACGAAAACUUAGAUUCUUAUAAGUCCUGGAGCCAAGUCAUCUAUAUGUACAUAAUGGAUCGAACAGUUGGACCGUUCUGUAGAAUGAAGAGAAAGUUGUCGACGAAGGGAAACAAAUCCGAAUAGGUGCAGUGGUAGUCCUCUCUAUUCAUUGCUAAUUCAAGUCCUCUCUAUUCAUUACUAAUUCUUUCAGCAUUACUGUGUGUUGUUUUUUUAUCUGUCUUGAUUCUUGUUCCUUUGUAACAAUGUAAUAGAGUUCUGGCAUCAUGUGCAAUAGAGUUGAUGUAGCAGUGACUAAGUUCAUCAAUUAAUCAGCAGUGACUAAGUUCAUCAAUUAA